AUGCGUUCUGUCAACAUCAAUUGUCUAGUUCUAGGAAUGCCAUUCAGAAAUAUAAUCUCUAUCAAAAUUAAAGAAAACGAAACGAUUGGCGAACUCAAAAGACGUAUUAAAGCUGAAAAAGAUUACUUCGAAACUGCUGGCGCAAGCGACCUCAGAUUAUGGCGUACAAAUACCCGUAUAGGAAGCAGUAAUGCAAUUCCUUCUUUUGAUCUUUCCGAUAGCAACGAAAUAUUGUCAUAUUUUCAAAUCAAAGAUAUUUGGAAAGAAGAUCCUCCCAAAUCUAAUCUCCACGUAGUUGUUAAAAUCGAAGUACAUUGUAAAACCAUUUAUAAAAAAGCUAUAUAUGAUAAGCACGAGAAACAAUUUCAACGGAAGAUCACCUACGCUAUGGUAACAUUAGUCAAAUGGAAGGGAAAGUUCGCAAAUAUUUCGCAAGAGUUUAAGAACAAUCUAUUGAUCUCUAUAGGACACAUGAUGAAAACAUUUGAGGAUAAUUAAUUUAAAAAUAACAAGUUAUCUGAUGGACCGUUUGUUGUUUAGUCUAGAAUAAAUAUAUCCGGAGAUCAAAAUCAAAAAAUUGUAAAUUUUAUUCACAGUUCAAUACGGUUAGACAACCACAUCAAAAUGCUAGAUUGUGCAAACAAUUCAUAUCUUUGUAUUUAUCACCAAUAAAUUAGCAUCUUUA